AUGAAAAUUCCAAUUUUCCUGGCUCUAUUUGUAUAUUUCCUUGAUGCUCACAAGGGUGGAACUCCACAAGAGCGAGCUCGAAUUUUCAACAGAGUUUUGGAGAAAUUAUGCUCCUCGUACACUAGAAAUCUUGCGUGUAUUGGGCCAAUGUUGACUCCGCGGUUUUUGUAUAUUAAAGGUGGAGUCCGAGCAAAAAAUAAGUUGUGCUAAUUUGAAAGAGCAUGUUCUAAUUAGUACAAUCCUCGAAGGAUUUUUUCUGGAAGCUUCUCAAACAUUGGUUAAAAAAUUACAAAGUUCGAAAAAACAGUGAAACACCGUGUAAAAUGGCUUGAAAGUCCAUAUCUCCAACCGUUUGGAGCUGUGUUUCUCUAAUGUUAGAGAAGCUUUCAGAAAAAUUCCUUCGAGGAUUGUACUAAUUGCAACAUGCUCUUUCAAAUUAGCACAACUUAUUUUUUGCUCGGACUCCACCUUUAAUGCAACUUCGGAAUUGCCGAGAUGUGAGUUAGGGGAACUUUAUGGGUAAUUAAUUAAUUAGGAGGUUAGCUAACUAAAAAACUUUGAGCUGAAAAUUGCUUCAUUUCGGCUUUAGAGUCAAAUUUUGAUUCAAAAAUUCGAAAAACCCGAAAAAAUACGUUUCAAAAUGUGAAAAAUCGAUAUGAUAACAAAUAUAAACAAACACGUUAUAAUAAAGAGAAGAGGGGUCAAACUAGAGUCUAGUAUCUCAACAAGAGAAAUUUCCAGUCAACUUCUCCUUCUACCUCCGAUCCUUCCCAAAUCUGGAGUUCAGCAAUUUCACACUGGAUGUUGAGAAUGCCAUAGAAGUGCCGAAAAGUGUUCUACCAUUUAUCCCAUGGACUACAGUACUUCCACCAGCUACAAAUACAGCUACAGUACCAGUGACAACUCUAAGCAGGUGAAUUUGGGGAAAAAUACGUUUUAGAAUUUUUGUCGCAAAACCUUAUGCUAAAGAAUCUUCAGAGAAGUUCCGAUUAAAAAAAGGCCUGGGCCGAAUUCACAAAAGUAAUUUUUGGCAUACCACUUUUGUGAAUUCGGCCCCAGAUGCAGCAAACGUUGAAAUUCAAAAAUGUUCCAGCUCAACCUCAGUUACACCUACUUCAAAUGCGCCAACAACAGUUCCUACAGAGGCUCCUACAGUAGUAGCUACGACAAAUGUGCCAACCUUGAGUCCAGGACCUACAGAAAAUGCGUCAACCUUGAGUCCUGCCGCAAACGCGUCAGUCUCCUCAAAACUCCACCGAAAAGCCAAGCUCUCCCCAAUCCCCGGUCCAAUUCUCACAGAUUGGGAAAGACAACAAGUUCCACUGGUCAAAAUCAAUGUGUACUACGCCAAGGGACCAAAAAAUGGCACGCUGGCCGCUUUUUUGUACCUAAUGUCGUAUAGACCAAACGAGGGUGGAAAUGCGAUGAUUGUUGUGGAUCAGAAGAAUUUGCCGAAAUAA